AUGGCUCCUCCUACGCCGCCUCCGCCUCCUCCGCCUACAACUCCUUUUGUUGUUGGUCCUCCAAAGGUCGACCCAUGUGUUCGUCUGUUUUUCCGGGACCUUGGUUCCCCUAAAGAUGUGCUGCAACUGCUCCCGUCUGCCUGGUCGCACAAUCCCCUGACUACGCUCAAGAUCAUCUGCAACCUACAAGAAGCCCAGUCCGACGAUGAAGCCUUCUUGACGGCGAUGGUUUGGCUCCACCAAAACCACCCCAACACCCUCGCCCACAACCUCCUCCCCAUCACGGUCUACUUUUCUUGUAUUAUCGACCUUGUCCCCCUUCUCACCCGAGUGCUUCUCGACGGCCGCCGCCACGAAGUUGAUCACAAGGAGAAGUACAACAGCAAGUGCCGGAUUUCGCAGCGAAACGUAAAAUUAUUGCGUCGUCAUCAGGGGGCGGUGGCGGCGGCAUUAGCCAAGAAAAUGGCAGCCAAGCUAGAAGCCAAAGAAAAAGCGAGUAAGCUGUUGACAAUAAAGAAGAGCGCCGCCCUGGCCACCAAGGCUGCUGAGAGGUACGAGAGCGAUCCCCACUUUCGGUUGUUGCACGACCUGGUUUCGGAUAUUUUCGCCGACUGCUUGAAGCAUGACAUUGGAGUAUUGCAGCAUCACCAUUCUCUUGACGAGAACGAUGAUGCUUACUACAGCAUGGAGAUAACGUGUGCCGCUAAGUACUGCCCCACCGUCCACUCCGCCGUAGCCCGCCCCACUGAUCUGCUGUUUGAAAGCAUUGCCAACAAGGUUUUCCCAUCCGAUUCCAAUCUGCCGCCGAACAAGCAGGAAGAAGGUGGGGGACGUGUUGAGGCCCAGGAGCGGCUCUCGAAGGAGGUUUUGGCGCCUCUGAGAAACGUCUUGGCGACACCCGAUGCUGUUUCUAACCGUUGGGGCUAUUCUCCGCACCCUUUCAUGGUUGAAAAGUAUGAGGAUGAUGUGGUGGACGUGAAUGCCAGCGGCGGUUAUAUGCUUCCACAUGACAUCAUAAGUUACUUUGUGUAUCAUGAUUACAAAGGAAAUGUGGAGGCGGAGGCGGAGGCGAAGGCAGAGGCUGAGCGUGAGUGGAAGAGGAUGGUGGAGGAUUUGUCCAUAAAACAAGGCGCGCUUAACAAGUGCUUGGCUGUAUGCGAUGCUCCAAAGAAUAUGAUCAUGAACGCAGCAAGGGUGUCUUUGGCUCUGGGGAUUUUGACUUCUGAACUGAACCAAGAGCCGGCCUGGAAAGGCAAGGUGAUGUUUUACAGCCAGAAGCCGGAGCUGCAUUUGAUACAAGGCGAUGAUCUCGAGUCCAAGUGCGCGUUUAUGAGGGGAAUGGAGCACUGCCAGGAAUGGAUGAUCGAUCUGAGGAAGGUGUUUGAUGUGAUUCUGGAAGCGGCAGUGAAGGAAAACUUGAAGCCGGAGCAGAUGGUGAAGAAUGUUUUGGUGGUCACCCACUACAAACACUUCACCGGAUUGUGGAAGAGGGGCUACUAUGAGGAAAUAGUGGGCAAGUACAAGGAGAAAGGGUACGGGGGUGUGGUGCCACACCUAGUGUUUUGGAAUAUUAUCAACCCGGAGGAUAAUCAGCCGGGGAAUCAUAUUGCAAGUGGACUUGAAGGGGUGACAUUAGUGACCGACUUCACCGACAGAAUGCUCAAGUUGUUAUUGGACAAUGACGCCCAGAUGGGCCCCGAACAUGUCAUGGAAGCUGCGCUCUCCGGACACAAGUAUCAAACUACUCUUGCUGUAGUCGACUGA